AUGACUCAAUUAGAAACAAUUAUAAAAGACAGAAAUUUGGCAUUAGUUUUCAGACAAUUUUUAUACAAUAGAUUUAAUAAUGAAAACUUUUCAUUCUGGUUAGAAGUUGAAAACUAUAAAUAUUUGGAUAAGAGUGAAAUGGAAGUAAGAUCCAAAGAAAUCUUUGCCAAAUAUUUCCUUGCCGAUAGUAAAUAUGAAUUGAAUCUUAAUUUUCAAGAUAGAAAGGAUUUAGAAGAAAAGAUUAAUAAAAAUUCCCCCACAAGUGAUACUUUUGCUAGAAUCCAAAAUGAUAUUAAAAAACAUAUGGAAACUGAUGCAAUUCCUUUAUUCUUGAAAUCUGAUGAUUAUAAAAAAUAUAAAGAAUCUCAAACAAUUUCUGUCCCAGAUAGAGACAGAUCAGUUACAGUUGGUAUGAUCGAAGAAUUCUUCAAAAAUAGACAGCUUGAAACCCAAAACUAA